AUGAAAAUCACUGCUAUAUUAUUAACUGGUCGAACGAAGAUCUUCGAAAUCGAACCUGGUGAGAAAGUGCUUAAGUUGAAACUGCUUGCUUCUGAGUGGUUGGCCGUGCACCACCGUGCUCUUAAAGUUGGCUACUAUUACAUGGACAGCAAUCGUACAUUUGAGUCUUAUGGAAUUACUACUGACACCAAAAUUCCAGUUAUACUUACUCACAAUUCAGUGCCUUUGCACGAUCUUGAGGAUGCAUAA